GGAAGAGCGGCGGAGGAGAGCACGGUCCCUUUAAGGGAGGGACGGCAACUUCUCUGGAUCCUCUUUAUUUUUUCACUAAACCGUCGGGGGGAUCUGGGUUUGCAUCUAUUCGGCGAAGGUGCAGAUACUGGCGGAGGGGAGGACGCCGAUCAGAUUUUUUUAAAUAGCAGUUUCCGAUCUUAAGAGGUGGGGGGGGAGCGAAGAAAAUGGAGUUGGAGGACGGAGUUGUAUACCAGGACGACCCGGGCACGUCGGCUCUGAUGUCCGAGAGAGUGUCGGGCCUGGCCAACUCCAUCUACCGCGAGUUCGAGCGCCUCAUCGGCAAAUACGACGAGGACGUGGUGAAGGAGCUCAUGCCUCUGGUGGUGGCUGUGCUGGAGAACCUGGACUCGGUGUUCGCCGUGAACCAGGAGCACGAAGUGGAGCUGGAGCUGCUCAAGGAGGACAACGAGCAGCUGAUCACCCAGUACGAGCGGGAGAAGGCGCUGAGGAAGCACGCAGAGGAGAGGUUCAUCGAGUUUGAGGACUCUCAGGAGCAGGAGAAGAAGGAUCUGCAGGUCCGUGUGGAGACGCUGGAGUCCCAGGCUCGUCAGCUGGAGCUCAAAUCCAAGAACUAUGCAGACCAGAUCAGCAGGCUGGAGGAGCGAGAGACUGAGCUCAGGAAGGAGUACAACGCCCUCCAUCAGAGGCACACGGAGAUGAUCCACAACUAUAUGGAGCACUUGGAACGAACAAAACUUCAGCAGCUGACGGGUGGAGAGGCUUCUGACACGGGGACCUUGGGCAGGGUCAGAAAGGAGCGUCCCGUGUCUUUGGCGAUAUUCCCCCUGCCUGGAGGAGAUGCCCUCCUCACCCCCGAACUGCAGAGAGAGAGGGCGGAGACCCCCGGUACGGACACCUGGAGGUACAACGACCUCAGCCACCCGCGGUCCAACACCAGCCUCAAGUUGGAGGCAGAAGAUUCUCUAAGGAAAAGGGAGGGUAAGAGUUCACUGGAGACUUGGGGGAAUUCACUGGCUGACAACUGCAAGGAUGAGCUGUCUGACGUCAGCCAAGGAGUCUCCAAGUCGGCCACCCCCGCGUCCACGGCAGCCUCGGACGUGGCCAUGGCCGCUGUGGACGCGCCCCAGAAAGAGGAGGCAGAGGGGCUGAGCAAGAACCUGAACACCAGGAGCAGGAAGCCAGACAGCAGUAAGAACAUUGACGUUCAGGCCGCCCCAGGGACCAAUUCUGUCUCCAUAGGUUUAAGUGACAAUGAGGAGAAGUCGGAGGUCCAAGCUAUCAUCGAGUCGACCCCAGAGCUUGACAUGGACCUCGGCAGCUACAAGGCGGCCAGUACUCCUGUCAAGGGUGUGGAGAACAUGGCAUUCGAUCGCAAUACCGAGUCGCUCUUUGAGGAGCUCUCUUCUGCCGGCACGGACCUUAUUGGAGACGUAGAUGAGGGGGCUGACCUGCUGGUGGAAUAUUCUGGUAUGGGCCGUGAAGUCGAGCACCUUAUUCAGGAGAACACACAGCUUUUGGAAACAAAGAACGCCCUGAACGUGGUGAAGAAUGACCUCAUCGCCAAGGUGGACGAGCUGUCCUGUGAGAGGGAGGUGCUGCAGUGCGAGCUGGAGGCUGUGAAGCAGGCCAAGAGCAAGCUGGAGGAGAAGAACAAAGAGUUGGAGGAGGAGCUCAGGAAGGUACGGGCAGAGGUGGAGGAGGCCAAGCAGAAGACAAAGGAGGAGGAUGAUAGUGACAUACCCACAGCGCAGAGGAAACGCUUCACGCGUGUGGAGAUGGCCCGGGUGCUGAUGGAGCGAAACCAGUACAAGGAGAGACUCAUGGAGCUGCAGGAAGCCGUCAGAUGGACUGAGAUGAUCCGAGCUUCGAGGGAGAACCCGGCACUUUCCGAGAAGAAGAAGUCCAGUAUCUGGCAGUUAAGUUUCAGCCGGCUCUUUAGCUCGUCCAGCACCGCCGCCCGGAAGCCCGAGUCUCCGGUCAAUGUCAAGUACAACGCACCCACGUCGCACAUCGUGCCCUCGGUGAAAGCCCGCAGCAGCACCCUGUCGCAGCUGCCCAGUGACAAGUCCAAGGCCUUCGACUUCCUCAAGGAGGAAGCGGACCUGAGUAGCUCGCCAUUACGGAAGGAGCAGAUGCGAGCUCAGUACAGGCAGGUGAAAGCUCAUGUGCAGAAGGAAGAUGGCCGGGUGCAGGCGUACGGGUGGAGCCUGCCGCCAAAAUACAAGGUAACCAAUGGAGGACAGGCAGAAAACAAGAUGAAGAACUUGCCUGUGCCCGUGUACCUAAGGCCAUUGGAUGAGAAGGAUGCUUCUAUGAAGCUCUGGUGCGCUGCUGGCGUCAACCUGACCGGUGGGAAGACCCGUGAUGGGGGCUCCAUCGUGGGGGCCAGCGUCUUCUACAACGACGUGCCCGGAGCCGACAGCGAGGGCCACAAGAAGGGCUCACAGAGCAGUUUGGACCGCCUGGAACAGGAGCUCAAGCUUCAGCUGGGUAAUGAGCUGAUGUGCUGCCGUGUGAUUGGCGGACAGGAGCAGGAGAAGGAGCUCCGGCAGCAUGAGGAGCUCUCCAGCCUCGUGUGGAUCUGCACCAGCACGCACUCCACCACCAAAGUCAUGGUGGUGGACGCCAACCAGCCCGGUCACAUCCUGGAGAACUUCUUUGUCUGUAACUCCCACGUACUUUGCAUCGCCAGCGUGCCAGGUGCCCGAGAGACGGACUACCCUGCAGGGGAGGAGGUACCGCAGGAGCCCGAGGCAGCCCAGAACGAGAACGCCUCCCUGACGGGCAGCAUGGCCAGCAACAGCUCAGCGGGCAGCGACAGCAUGCUGGGAGGCAUUACCGUGGUGGGCUGUUCUGCGGAGGGGUCCGCCGCCAUUCCGCAGACCGCCUGCAGCUCUGUGGGGACCCCCGAGGAGCCCAGCACACGUGUCGACUCCGGAGAGGCUUCGCCCUCAGAAGGCACCGCCGAGGACUCGAUCGCCACGGCAGAGGAGGCUGCCGAGGAAGCGACAGAGGCCACAGAGGCUGGCCCCGGGACUGGGGACGAGGGCGAAGGCCUGGACAUCAGCCAGCCAUGCAUCUACACGGAGCACGUGUUCACUGACCCGCUGGGUGUGCAGGACACCUCGGAAAGCCAGGCCUCAUAUCCACAGAGGGAUUCUGACCUUCUGAAGGACGGGGUGGCCACCUUGCCGGACGAGCAGGACCUGAUGCGGGAGGAGGCUCAGAAGAUGAGCAGCGUGCUGCCGACCAUGUGGCUGGGAGCCCAGAACGGCUGUGUCUACGUUCACUCGUCUGUGGCUCAGUGGAGAAAAUGUCUCCAUUCGAUCAAGCUGAAGGACUCCAUCCUUGGCAUUGUCCACGUGAAGGGCAGAGUGCUGGUGGCCCUGGCUGACGGCACGCUGGCCAUCUUCCACCGAGGCGUCGACGGUCAGUGGGACCUGACCAACUACCACCUGCUGGACCUGGGCCGGCCCCACCACUCCAUCCGCUGCAUGACGGUGGUGCACGACAAGGUGUGGUGUGGCUACAGGAACAAGAUCUACGUGGUGCAGCCCAAAGCCAUGAAGAUCGAGAAGUCUUUUGACGCCCACCCCCGGAAGGAGAGCCAAGUACGUCAGCUGGCCUGGGUGGGGGACGGCAUCUGGGUGUCGAUCCGGCUGGACUCCACGCUACGCCUCUUCCACGCCCACACCUACCAGCACCUGCAGGACGUCGACAUUGAGCCCUACGUCAGCAAGAUGCUCGGCACUGGUAAGCUGGGCUUCUCCUUCGUGCGGAUCACCGCCCUGAUGGUGUCCUGUAACCGCCUCUGGGUGGGAACCGGCAACGGCGUCAUCAUCUCCAUCCCUCUGACGGAGGUUCUUCAGCAGGGACGUGCAGCAGGCUUAAGGGUAAAUAAAGUCACCACCGGAACGGCCCAGCGACCAGGCAGCGCGAUCCGUGUCUAUGGCGACGAGAACAGUGACAAAGUCACCCCCGGCACCUACGUACCCUUCUGCUCCAUGGCGCACGCACAACUCUGUUUCCAUGGACACCGGGAUGCUGUGAAAUUCUUUGUUGCCGUCCCAGGUCAGGUGAUCCCCUCAGCUGGCGUCGUGGGAGAUACGGGCUCGGACAAAGCCGGAACUGCCUCCGCUGACAGCCAGACUCAGGAGAUGCUGAAGUCGGUCCUGGUGAUGAGCGGAGGGGAAGGUUACAUCGACUUCAGGAUGGGUGACGAGGGAGGGGACACGGAGGAGCUGGACGAGCCCACGCUGAAGCUGCAGCCCUUCCUGGCCAAAGCGGAGCGCAGCCACCUCAUCGUGUGGCAGGUCAUGUGCAGUGACGAGUGAUGAGGCCCCGCCCCCAUCGUGCCACAGUGUUGGGGGGGGCGAGGAGGACCGCUGGAGCCCACAGGAAACCCACACUAACACAGACUGCAUGCUUUUUUUGUUCUGUUUUUUUCAGUUUGAUUCUUUUUAACUAGAAAGAGAUUUGGUGAUUAUUACGCUGACAUUAUACUGAUACUAUACUGAUAUUAUUGAUAAACUGUUUUCCAUCUGUUUUUGUUCCGUUCUUUUUUUUAAUUUCCUUUUUCUCUAAGGGUUUAUGGUAUCUCACUGUGUGUCCAGUGUCAUAAUGUGAUCAGAUAGCCAGAAUGGGGGGGGCGAUGGUGACACCCUAUACAUGCCCCCCUGCCUGGCGUGGACAUCGAGCAGUUCCCGGAACCCAAAGCCACCCGCAGCGUCCAGAAGGACCGGCGCUUUCGGCCUCGAGCCGACCGACGGACGGGACCUUGUCUAAAUGUCCUGAACGCCGUGAUGGUGGCGAGUCCCAUUCCCCCCUCAGUUUCCCCCCUUUCACAAAGUAAUAAUUUUUGCUUGUGAGCAGGACCGUUUAUGCAGAAGUUAGUCACCUGCAGAUCUGUCUGUGCUCGGCUGUAACUGUGUUUGUACCUGAAAUUCCAUCUCUAGGAUAAAUACGUUUAAUCUUUAGCAGCUACAAUCGUGUGGGGAAAAAUGUUUGCAGUUUGGAUCCCCGUAAAGAUGAUUAGUUCAAAUAGAAAAGCCUGACUAUUAUUAUUAUUAUUAUUAUUAUUAUUAUUAUUAUUAUUGUUACUUUAUUUAGGUAAUUAUAGGCGUGCUUGGUGAAGUCCGUCCCAGUCCCCGAGCUGCUGUCCUUACGGUCUGUCCUUUCACUUUAGGUCUUCCUUCAUAAAAGCUAGAGCUCACAGACACUUUAAAUGUAACGCUGGCUGCCUUAGUUUCAGUACACUUUCACUUAAUGUUCCGGAAGCUAAUUUUUUCAUUGAAAUUUUUUUUUCCGAUUGAUGUGUGAUGAGUAUUUAUUUUAUGUCUGAGCGUUACCGAUUACCAAAGGAAAACUAAUUAAGACAAAAACGAAAUGGUAAACCACCUCAUUAAUAACAUGUACUUCACUGCCUUUUUGCAGUACAUUUUGUCCCUACUUUGUCAUUUAAUUUAGAGACAGUCCUUCACUAGUCUUCAUUACAAUGAUUAUUAAAUGAAUAUAUUUUUAUGUCAUGUUUGCGAAACGAUUAAAUAUUUGCUUGCCAGGGAUCCGGAGCGUAGUGAUCGCCGCUGCACAUUGGAUUUUGUACACUUGCCAGCGGACGUUCCACUUCGAUUUGGUGUGAUGAUAUCGACGCUUUCUGAAACUUUUAUGCCUUUUUUAAUGGUCUUUUUUUGUACAUUUGUCUUUUAGACACUCUGUGUUUUAUUGGCCUCUUUAACUUCAAAGCAGAGUUGCAGAUGUUAAUUUAGUAUUUGUGCUGAUGACUGUGGGGGGGGGGGGGGGGGGGGGGGGUGGUGCCUCAUCUAAUUUUUAUUCUCCAGGAGAAAAAAAAAAUCAGAUUCAUAUCGCAGUGUAGCCAUUUCAGUAUUUAUUUCUAUGAAUGAGCCUUUGAGGUUCAGAAUGUAACUUUGUACAUGAAAUAUAAAUAUAUAUAAAUAUGUAUAUGAAACAUUAGUGGCUUGGUUUUAUUGUUUUAAUGGUGAGUGUUGAAAAGUGAAAUGAGAGUGGUCACCAGUGAGAACAUGGCUGACUUUUUUGGUUUUUUUUUUCUUUCGAAACACCACUACUUCUCAGCUGAGCUAUGCACAUUUUUAAAGAUCGCAGCUGCGUGUUUUUUCGUCUCCAUCUGUUCUUGGCACUUUGAGGUAGAGUGGGGCUGUGAUUGGCUGAGGGAGCCUCGCCCUCAGGGGAAACCGUCCUUGCCAUUGGGGGAGGUCCCUUGUCUCCUGACUCCUGUCUCCUGUUUCCUGUUGCCAUGACCGCACUUCCUCCAGUAGAUGUAAGCUUCUACAGCACAUUAGCCUUAUUUUUUAAAUAAUCUAUUAAACUGGUUUUUUCAUGGGUAA